AUGGUGGGGAUUACACAGCCGACACCCAAGGAACAUGUAAACGCACAUGGAGUUUGGGAUUUAUUUCGAAAUAUGGGAAAGAUGACCGUCUUCUCGCUGUGCUUGCUCUUGUGCGCAGAUCUGCUGGAUAUAGCCGUGGGAUAUUUGACCGUUACCAUAGAACCGCUCCCUCCUGUAGUCGUCGGCGAAACUGUCACCCUCAAAUGCAACUUCAAAACGGACGGCAGGCUUCGGGAGAUUGUUUGGUACAGGGUCACAGAUGGAGGGACGAUUAAGCAGAAAAUCUUCACUUAUGACGCUAUGUUUAAUACCAAUUACUCUCACAUGGAGGACUACCGGAGACGUGAGGACCUAGUGUAUCAGUCAACAGUAAGACUGCCUGAGGUUCGGAUCUCGGAUAACGGGCCAUAUGAAUGUCACGUGGGCAUUUACGACCGGGCAACGAGAGAAAAAGUCGUCUUGGCAUCAGGCAAUGUUUUCCUCACCGUAAUGUCUCCUCCAAACAACAUCUCGGUGGUGGCAGAGAACACGCCUGCUCCUUUCAGUCGAUACCAGGCCCAGAAUUUUACUCUUCUGUGCACGGCCAAAGGAGGGAAGCCAGCCCAUCGGUGAGUAUUUUCAGUGUACUUCAAACGGGAUGGCGAGCUCAUAGAGGUCAUCUCGUACACUAUGCCCACUGCCAGUGAAGCGGGCACUGGCUCGGCCAACUUCAGAGGGGCUCGCCCGCUGAUCAGCCGGGACCUGGAUGAGACCAAGUUGCAGCGCUCUCUGUCUCUGCUGGAUCCCGAGAGCCGCCUGUCCCGCCUGCACACAGAGAGCCCCCAGCACUACCACAGCCAGGGCCAGCAGGCGUCUGAGCCCAGCCCCGCUACAGAGGUCAUCCCAGAGACUGUGGUGAGCCGUGAGUUCCCCCGCUGGGUCCACAGCACUGACCCUCUGUACUACUUCAGCCACACCCACAUCCCCCAGAGUGACGGGUCAGUGGUGGUGCAGGCUCGUCUCACCUGGACCCUCAACCCCCAGCUGGACAACGAUGCCCUGUUCAGCUGUGAGGUCAAGCACCCAGCGCUCUCCAUGCCCAUGCAGACUGAGGUCACACUGGCUGCUCCGAAGGGCCCCAAACUCCUGAUGACCCCCACCAGAGCCAAAGUAGGGGACACAGUCAGGAUCACUGUCCAAGGAUUCCAGAAUGAGGUGUUUCCGGAGCCCCUCUUCACCUGGACGAGGGUGGGGGGUCGACUUUUGGACGGCAGCACAGAGAGGGAGGGGAGGGAGCUCAUUCUGGAAAGAGUACCAGCCGAACUCAACGGCUCCAUGUACCGAUGCACGGCACAAAACCCACUGGGCUCCACGGACACACACACACGCCUCAUAGUGUUCGAAAAUCCAAGCAUGAUGAAGAACACACAGAAUCCCAACAAUGCAGCGUGUCAUUUGGAGGUUGUUGGACUUACGUGGAUGACCUUCGUCCUCACAGUGACCGCUGGACUGACGUGAAAUCUCCUCCACUUGAACAUUGUCUGCUCGUCACACACACACACC